GACUCCACUUCAGUUACGUAAGGCGGACAUCAGACACGGCUUAUGCGCACGAGGUUAGCCAAGGGCCGGACUCGAGUGCUUGAGCUCAACCAGGCGCGUGUGCAAACGGUGCUAGACAUGUACUAAACGCUUAAAAAUGUCCAGCAGCCUGGAGAGCGUCCUGGUGCUCAUUUCUGGCGAGGAGUCUGCAGACGACCCGUCCCAGGCGCUCUCAUUUGUGACCCGUGCUCAAGACCUGAGCUUUACAUCCUGUUCGGGAAUCCUGCUACCUGAUGGCGGUUCUGGAGGACGCUUGGUGCUAAUUCCAGCAUCGAGCCUUGCGCGCUGGCUCAAGCCUGGUGCAAAAUGGUCGCUGACGUCUAGGAGUACCGCGCCUCCGCCUCUUGCUCCUGGUUGCGCAGUCUGUGCGGCUGGCAGCGUGGCGCUGGGAAGCGGGCGCGCGGCGCUUUUGGUCCCCAUCGCGACCUUCUCGGUUCCGGCCGCGCAGCGAGCCGCGUCCGCCCUCCUGCACGGCUUGAACCGCGACGCCACAUCGGAUGCAGCGCGCUGGAACUUCGCCUGGUCCAUCGCGGCCACCGCCGAGGCGAGCCCAGCCGAGCAGGGCGCGUACGUGCUGUGCCUCGCGCAGCCACUGCCUGAUGCGCCGCGCGCACCCCCCGCGCCUCCCGCGCCCGUCCUCCAUCCCGACCUCCUCGCUUCCGUAGCACCGCUGCUGCGGAGCCUGCGUGCGCUGCUGCUGCCCCCCGGCGGAGCCGCGGCCAGCCCCUGCGCGGCCUGCGGGGCUGCGCAGCGCAGCUGCUGCGGCGCCUGCGCGGCCGCCGCGGCCGGCAUCGCCCCCCCACCGGGUCCUGGGCGGCUGGUCACGGUGGUGGGCAGCCCCUUCGGAUGCCUGGCGCCCUUCCACUUCCUAAACGCACACGUCAACGGAGCCAUCGCCUGCUCCUUCCCGCCACCACACCAACACCAGCACCAGCCUACCGGGGCCAUGUCCGGCGCCGGCACCGCUCCCGCCGCGACGACUGCAGCGCCGCCGGCCCUGGCGUCCCAGCAGCUACAGCCACAGCUGCAGCUACAGCCGGCGCUCUACGCGCUAGAUGCCCACGUGUUCCCGGGUAUGGAGGGCGCCCCCGUGACUCCGCUGCAGCUGCCGCUGGCGUCCCUGACUGGCGGCUUGCCGGCGGCGGCGCCUCCUGGAGCCUCGGCCUCCUCUGCGACGAUUCCGUCCAGCCAGGCACGGUCACAGGGUUGUGGGGGCACAGGCUGCGGCGGCUGCGGCGGCUGCGGCGGCUGCGGCGGCUGCGGCGGCUGCGGCGGCUGCGGCGGCUGCGGUGGAGCGGUCGCGGCUGCGGCGGCGGGCUGGCAGCGGCCGGUGGCGCUUCUGGCGACGCCGCUGUGCCGUCAGGGCGACGGCGUGCAGGUGCCGCUGGCGGUGGCCUGGCCGCACGUGGAGGCGGCGCUGAGGGAGCUGCUGCAGCGGCUGCUGGCGCAGGUGGACGGAGCGGGAGGCGGCGGAGGAGCAGGAGGUGGCGGGCCGGAGGCGCAGCAGCAGCAGCUGCUGCAGCUGCAGCCUGUGUCUGGCAGCCUGGCGAGGGCGCUGGCGGGCGGGGCGUGGGGCAGUGCGGCCGGGGGCGGAGGUGGAGGUGAGCGGCGGCCGUGGUGGGACCUCACGCGCAUGCUGCCGGCGGGCUGGGGCGGCGAGGCGGACGCCUUUGGCGGUGGCGGCGGCCUGGGCGGCGGCGCUGGGACCCUUCAGUGGCGGCGGCACCACCCGCAUACCAGCAUCAUCGGCAGCGGUAGCGGUAACGGCUCAGCAGCAAUGACCCUGGAUCCCUGUGCGGGGCCGCCGGGGGCUGACGCGGCAUUGACUACACGGGCAGGUGGCAGCGCCGUUGCCGCCACCAACGCAGCCGCCGCUGGCAUCAGCUACUCGCCGGCACUGGUGUCGCGGCAAGCGGUCUACGCCGCCGGCGCCUAUCACCACUCCCCGCACACGGCUCAGCUCCAGCAGCACCACCACCAUCACCAGCCCGGCCCGGCGACGAACCCUGCGGCCGGCGCCCCUGGCCCGUUCCCGGCCUGCGCCCCGGCAUGCCACGGCGGCGCAUGUGGGGGCCUGGGCGGCGCCGGCGGCGGCAUCGGGGCCGGUGGCGGCGGUGUGGGUUCGGAGCUGCCGCCGUGGGCCCUGGAUGCGGUGGUCCUGCUGCGCUGCAGCGGCUCGUGGGCCACGGGCGUGCUGGUGGAGAGCAGGUCGGGGCUGUUGGUCACCACCGCGCACCUCUUUCAGCGGCAACACACUUCUGGCGGCAAUGGCGGCGGCGGCGGCCGGAGCAACGGCAGCGGCGAUAGUAGCAACGGCGACGGCAGCGGGCGGGCCGGGGACGGCAGCGACAGCUCUGCAUGGGAACAUGUGGUGUGCUGGGCACGCGUGCGGUGCAUCCGACAGGGCGGGUACGGCGGCUGGUACGGUGGCGGUGGAUCCGCAUCCGGCGCCACGUCGCACCGCUGGAUCCGGGCCAAGGUGGUGUACGUCUGGAACAAUCAUCUGGAUCUAGCCGUACUGCAGCUGCAGUCCACGCAUGGCGGGCGAUGGGGGGUAGCGCCCUCGCCGCUUGAGACGCUGGGCCGAGCGGGCGGCGGCGCGGACGGUGGCGGCGGGCUGGCGGCUGCGGCCAUCACGGCCACCGCACGCGCGCGAGACGAGGAUGCAGAGAGCAGCCGCAGCAGCAGCGGCAGCAGCAGCAACGGCAGUAGCAGCGGUAGCAGCAACGGCAAUGGCAGCAGCAGUGGUGCCAGCGCCAACAGCGGCCGCAACCUCAACGUGGCUGGCCUGUUCGCGUCCGCGGCGGGCGUGGCGGCGGAGCUGAACGCAGAGGUCCCAGCGCAUCCUAACACACAUGCCAUUCAUCACCACCAGCACCACCACCACCUGCAACAACAACAGCGCCAUCAGCAGCCUGCCCCUCCGGCCAUGGCCGCGCUGCCUCUGGGCUCCGCCGGCAGCUACGGCAGCGGCACGCCGGUGUGGGCGGUGGGGCACAGCCUGGUGGGGCCGGGCGCGGAGUGGCCGCCGCUGGUGUCCUUCGGCAACGUGGCGCGGGUGCUUCGUGGCGCGGAUGGUGUACCCACCAUGAUCAUCGCCACCACCACCACACACGCCGGCGGCAGCGGCGGCGCGCUGCUGGACGCGGCGGGGCGGCUGGUGGGGCUGGUCACAAGCAACGCCAGGCACGCGGGCGGAGCAACGCUGCCGAACAUGGCGUUUUGCAUCGCCGCCGAGGAGCUCGAGCCAGUGCUGCGCUGGGCAGCGCAGCGGGCUCGGCUCAUGCAGGAGGGCGGGCAGCAGGAGGACGAGGCCGCAGCAGCGAAGCUGCCGCUGCCGCCGCUGCCGCCCCUGGCUUCGCUGGACGGCGCGCAGCAGCACCAGCACCAGCCGCGGCAGCACCAGCAGGUGUAUGAGGAGCAGCAGGAGGCGCGGGGGCCGCGGGAGCCGCUGCGGCAGCCGGCGGCGGCGCCGUGGAGUCGCGGCGGGCAGCCGCAGUCGGCAGCCGCCGGCUCCGCUGCCGCUGCAGCUGCUGCCCCCUGUCCCUCGACAGCGGCCGCGGCGCCUGCCGCCCGGGCGCUGUCGGCUCUGGAUGUCCGAAAUGAGGACGCGUCACGGAUCUGGCGGCUGCAGAUGCCCUCCUUCGGCCCACUCCACCAGGCCGCGGCCCGCGCAGCCAUGACGGCGGGCGCGGUGGCGGGCGCGGCGGCGGCGGUGGCGCAGUCGGCGCCGGCGCCGGCGGCGCCAGGUGCCCGGCGGGCGCCGGCGGCAGCGGCAGACGACGGCGGCGUGUCGGCGACGCUGCGGGCCAUUGAAGUUGUUCGCAGCUGGCGCAGCCGACUCUGAGGGCAGCGGCUGCGUGCGAGCGGGUUUGUAUGAUAUGGAGGCACCGGUCAAGGAGAAUAAGUGAAAGAGGGAGCCCUAGGUAGGGAGUUCCGCUUGUUCAUGUAGUUGCAGGUGUAGUGUUGUGGCGGGCAUCAGUUUGGUUUGCAUGGUUAUUGAUGAAGCACCGGCAGCAGCAACCAGUUUUGAGGAGAUGACUGUCAUGGCAGCAACCAUAGUGUGCCAGGUGCAAUGUAGCUUAUGUACAGUUUGCUCCGCCUCUGCAUGCUUAGAUGAGCUUUGAAGCCUGGCGUACGCAGACGAAUGUGCAGAGGGGUGCGGGUCAGAAGGUUCCAAAUUUUGAUGUGUCCCUACGGAAACAUUCCGUUUGUUAAGCGUUGCUCAGGGCUGGCAUGUAUGUCUUUGCAAUGAAGCUGGUCCUAGAAUCAUUUGCCAUAGAGUUGGAGACUGGCCGCUUGGAGGUGCGGUAGCGUGAGCUUCAUGUGAAUGUGUACAGGCGGAGCUGCGAGUGCAGGAUGAUUUGCACCCGUGGCUCUGCAUGAGUAGAUCGGGGACACUGUAGUUGGGUGCACAGCAUUUAUAUUCAACAGCUUGUACAGCAUCGAUUGAUGAGCGUGUUACGCAGGUUGCGUGUACGGCAGGCGUUUGAGCGUGCUGUAGCCUGUGGCUGGCUGGCUGCGCAUUACCGUCACCGCAGGCUUGAGAGCGCUUUAGUUUGCAUAAUGAAAUUACACUACGGUACGGCACGGUAAUACCGCUUGACACAAUACCAGCACAGUGCCGUGCGACGCCAAAUGCGCUUCUACCACCGCACAAAGUUGUGCACUGCUGUGGCCUCUGCAAGGCGUCACAGCGUUUGCCUGCCUAACGUCUCGGUCUGCCCGCAUCCUGCUUUGCGCCGAUUGUGCAAGUCCAGCCCAUCCUGCGAUUCAGCCACCCCAUUCUUACUUCACGAGCUACAAGUUAUGACCAGCCGCACACUUCAGUCCUACAGCCC